UUGUUCCACCCACCGGAAUUGUCCACAGAGUGACAGGCGAGUACAUCCAUGUUCCCGAGAUGGUGCCAGAGUUGGUAGUGCCAGAUCUCACUGAUUUCCAGCUGAAACCUUACGUUUCUUACAAGGCCAAGGAAAUCACGCAGAAGGAGCUAUCGCCCAAGGACAUUUUCAACUCUGUAUAUGCAGCAGACAUCGAGGAUGACUUCAGGGACGGCAGGAUUAAGUUGGAAGGGGAUAAAGUGAUUUUUGCUGAUGGAAGAAUUCUCGCCCUGGACUCGUUCGACAGUAGUGCUGAUGAGGACAAAUCUGUUGCAGAGACAACUGUAGAUCGGACAUGAUGUCUGUGUUACGUGUUUGAAUGUUUGGUGAAAAUGUAGAUGUGAGCUUGGUAUAAACGUUCUAAACUUUGGCUUUAUUUUGUUGUUUGAUUGACCACCCAAGCCUGGUCCUAGUAUUUUGUACCAGAGGGGUAGGAGUUGUGAUGUAAUGUCAUUUGAUGUCCAGAUGAGAUUGGAGGAAUGAGAAAAGUAUGCGAGAAAGAGAGAAAAAUGAUAUAGGGAUAUUGGAAGGGAAAUGUGAGGGAAGUGAGAAAGUGAGAGGAGAAAGAGGGUGAGAAGGAAAGGAGUGGGAAACCCAAAUGGAGAAAGGGAGGCAAAGGAAGACAGAGAGAGAUAGAGUCAGUGGGAGAGAAGGGUUGGAGUUGGAGGCAGACAGAAAGAGAGACAUAGAGAGUGUGUACGAUUGCCUAGUUUGCUCUGUGUUUUGUCUGUUCCUUUGUUAAUAAAUGUAUCUGCUUUUA